UAUUCUGGACCCCAAUGCAUUAAAUUCUGUAGUCCCAAUCUCCCACCAAUCUUGCUGUUUAUUACAAGAAAACUAGCCAGCCAUGCAACCCCUAUGAUAUCAAUGCAAGAACUUCAUGUUACCGACCUUUUAACUCAACCCCCAACUCCCCCAAGAUGUAUGUGACAAUGGGGUUGAGAGCUAUAUGAGGAGAGAGAGAGAGAGAGAGAGAGAGAGAGAGAGAGAGAGAGAGAGAGAGAGAGAGAGAGAGAGAGAGUUGUUAGUUGUUCACUUAGUGAGGGGGUGUGCAUCUUUGUGUUUAGUUCACUACUAGCCACUGUUUCUGGCUUUUACUACCAUGGAAAUUGAGGUGGCGAGUGGAUCUGGGGGUGGUGGUGGUGGUGUGGCGGUUGCUAGUUGUAGUAGUGGUGGUGAGGUGGAGAGGGGGCUGCCGAGGAAAGGUGGGGAAGCAUACUUGGUUUGGCAGGAUUUGACGGUGGUGCUGCCGAAUUUUGGGCAGGGGCCGAUCAGGAAGUUGCUUAAUGGGCUGAAUGGGUAUGCUGAACCAGGUCGGAUCAUGGCUAUUAUGGGACCUUCUGGCUCUGGAAAAUCCACCCUUCUUGAUUCUUUAGCAGGUAGAUUAUCAAGAAAUGUUGUCAUGACAGGAAAUAUUCUUCUCAAUGGGAAGAAGAGGAGGAUGGACUAUGGUGUUGUUGCUUAUGUCACGCAAGAAGAUGUCUUGUUGGGAACUCUUACAGUCAGAGAAACUUUAACUUACUCUGCUCAUUUGAGGCUCCCCACCUCCAUGACCAAAGAAGAGAUUAAAGGCGUUAUAGAAGGAACGAUCAUGGAAGUGGGGCUUCAUGACUGUGCUGAUAGGCAGAUAGGGAAUUGGCAGCUAAGGGGCAUAAGUGGUGGAGAAAAGAAAAGAUUGAGUAUUGCCCUUGAAAUUCUAGUACGACCUCGUAUACUAUUUCUUGAUGAACCUACUACUGGACUCGACAGUGCAGCAUCCUUUUUCGUGAUCCAAUCUAUUAAGAAUCUUGCUCGAGAUGGAAGAACUGUGAUCUCCUCCAUCCAUCAACCCAGUAGCGAAGUCUUUACUCUGUUUGAUGACCUCUUUUUACUAUCUGGGGGCGAAACUGUUUACUUUGGAGAAGCAAAGAUGGCAACAAAGUUUUUUGCCGAGGCUGGAUUUCCCUGUCCAAGUAGGAGAAACCCUUCAGAUCAUUUCCUGCGCUGUAUUAACUCGGACUUUGAUGCUGUGACAGCCACAUUGAGAGGUUCACAAAGACUACGGGAAACACAAACAACAUCAGAUCCUUUGAUGAAUAUGGCAACAACAGAGAUCAAAUCAGUGCUUGUCGAAAAAUACAAGCAGUCACAGUAUGCAAGAAAGGCAAUACAGAGGACUCAAGAAAUCGUCACCAUUCAAGGACUCGAGAUCGAAACGAUUAAAGGAAGUCCAGCAAGGUGGUGGAAGCAGCUUUCAACAUUGACACAAAGAUCAUUCUUGAAUAUGUCAAGGGACGUUGGAUAUUACUGGUCCCGAAUAGUCAUAUAUACAAUUGUAGCUAUAUGCGUUGGAACUCUAUUCUAUGAUGUCGGUACCAGUUACACAGCAAUCUUGGCUAGAGGAGCUUGCGGGGGCUUUGUCACAGGCUUUAUGACUUUCAUGUCCAUUGGAGGCUUUCCAUCCUUCAUCGAGGAAAUGAAGGUGUUUUCUCGAGAAAGGCUUAAUGGCUAUUACGGCGUGUCUGUGUUUAUCUUGGCAAACUUCAUGUCUUCCUUUCCGUUCUUGGUUGCAAUCACGGCAAUUACUGGCACAAUUACAUUUUACAUGGUGUUCCGAGCUGGAUUUUCUCGCUAUAUAUUCUUUUGUCUUAACAUAUUUGGAUGCAUCGCUAUGGUAGAGAGCGUCAUGAUGAUUGUGGCUUCCCUGGUUCCUAACUUCUUGAUGGGGAUCAUAACUGGGGCUGGAGUUCUUGGGAUCAUGAUGAUGACUGCUGGCUUUUUCCGGUUGCUGCCAGACCUUCCCAAGCCAGUUUGGCGCUAUCCGAUUUCUUUCAUUGGAUACGGUGCAUGGGCACUACAGGGAGGAUACAAGAAUGCAAUGCUUGGAUACACCUUUGAUCCUUUGUUCGCUGGUAACCCAAAACUAACUGGCGAAUAUGUCUUAAAAAACAUGUUUGGAAUAUCAUUGGAUCAUUCCAAGUGGUUGGAUUUACUCGCAGUAUAUGUCCUUAUCGUAGUUUACAGAACUAUCUUCUUCAUCAUUCUCAAGUUAAAGGAGAUCAGAGCUGUGUCUUUCACACGUUCAAUUUAUGCCAUGAGAACUCUAAAUAGGCAGCCUUCAUUACGAAGCUUACCAUCCCGUCCUUCCAAGAGGCACCACAAUGUCCAGUCACUUUCAUCACAGGAGGGUGUUUAGGCCUCCAAUCCUCUAGGAGCAGCAAUAGAGAAAUACACCGUAUACUAAAUUUAGCAGAGCUUUUCCAUGACAUACCAUAGCCGAAUCCCGAAUCUGGUACUGAACAUCACCUGGUGGAAUUGUCACUUGCACCACAGUGAUGGCAACGCCAGAAAUAUUUCUGCUUUGACAAACAGUAAUCAAUUAUUGAGCAGAAUGAACUUUGUAUUGAUUGUUUCUCAACAACACUUCUAUGUUGAAUUAGUUUCUUAAUAA